AUGAGGGACCCGACCUUCACCGGCGACGAGCUUCAGCCGAUGGCGUUUCUCUGGAAGUUCUGCUUAUCCUUCUGCGGGUACCUAGACGCCUACCAGGACAGCAUCAGCAUCGCCAUCGCGCUGAGCUGCAGCAAUCCAUUGGCCCAAACGUUGGGAUGGUGUAUGCUGGUAAGCUUUGCCGUGGGUGUUGUUGGGCUACAGUGGGGUGUCAUGGGCUUUAUUUGCUUCCAGGACCCUACCAAAGCUUGCUUUUUGAAGCUGAUCCAUCUCGACACCUUGGCGGCCAGACUCACGCUCCCAGAAGACUUCAAAAGCGUGUGGCACCGGCUCCAUCUCGUGCGCACACUUUGUGAGGACAUUCCCCAGGCCAUACUACAGACCAUCUACAUCCUCAAGAUCAGCAGGAACUUCUUCAUGAUCCUCUCGGUCUGCACCGCUGUGGGGGGCUCGCUAAUGGCCUUGGUGGACGCAGUGAACCGUCGGCUCAUCGCCACAGGUUUCCGCAAAGAGACAAUCAUGAAGGUUAAAUCGCUGCAUGUGGCGAUGGGCUGGGCUAUCCAUGGCGUGGCUUUCGUGAUGCACGAUGAGAAAGUGACAGGUGUCCUUGUCGCGAACAGAUGA